UUGGAAUUCCCGCAAUUUUUCUCUUUUAGGGUUCCUGUGCUUGAGGUUAGGUUCCGUAUGCAAUUGGGGGCUGCGAUCUUGGAGCGCUGCCGUGAUCUCCUGCGCAUCGCCUGGAUCGUCUGGCGCCCACAUUGCAAGAUGAUGAGAUGAUGCAGCGGAGAAAGAAGAAGAGACUGCGAGUGAUUCAUGUCCACACCACUGAGAGCUCGCGUGCCAAUGCUCUGGAUUCCAAAGAGUUUUGCUCAAACCGGAUUGUUACGUCGAAGUACACGCUCACUUCGUUUCUCCCACGCGUUUUAUACCGGCAGUUUAGCAGGGCAUCGAAUUUGUAUUUUCUUCUCAUUGCGGUGCUCGAGCUGAUUCCUGGCCUCUCCGCGAGCAGCUGGAUCACUACGAUUGUUCCAUUUCUGUUUUUACUCUGCCUUCAUGCUACCAACGAAGGGAUUGAAGACGUGAAGCAGCACCAUUCUGAUAAUCAGAUCAAUUCGAGGACGUCGGAAGUUCUUGUAGGGGACGUGUUUGUACCGGCCGAAUGGAGCGAUAUCAUUGUGGGAGAUGUCAUUCGCGUAAGAAACAAUUGCGAGUUCCCGGCUGACAUCGUUCUUCUGUUCUCGUCGGAUCUUCAAGGUAUUGCUCAUGAAGAAACAGCAAGCCUCGAUGGGGAAACGUUUCUCAAGUUGAAGAACGCGUUCUACAGGUCUAGAUCUUCGAAUCCCGAAGACGAUGAUAUGUCGCUUCUUGCGUUAACGGCUUUGAAGAUUAAGUGUGAGCUCCCCAAUAAUCGGCUGUAUGAGUUUGAUGGCGCUAUCUCCCUCCAGGGUCAGGGACUAAUGGCUCUCGACGACAGUCAAUUGUUGCUGCGAGGUGCGACACUGCGCAACACGCAUUGGAUUAUUGGUGCAGUAGUGUAUACGGGUGAAGAUACAAAGUGCAUGCUGAACACGAUUCCAUCUCGAACGAAGAUUUCUCAACUGGAAUAUAACUUAAACUUCCUAGUGAUGAUUAUGUUUGUUAUUCAAGUGGCGAUUUGCAUUGGUCUAGCUGUCGGUGAGGCUAUGUGGCUCAAAAAGCAGUCGAAUCCAUACUAUCUUAAAGAACGUAGUCAAUCCAACCUCGGUAGAGUUAUUGGACAAAUAUUUCGAUUCAUUGCGCUGCUAAAUCAGCUCAUUCCAAUUUCUUUGUAUAUUACACUCGAGCUGGUUAAAGUCGUUCAAUGCUACUUUAUCCAGAAGGACAUACACAUGUAUCAUGAGCAAUCGGACAAUCCAGCCCAAACACGAACUAUGAACCUUGUUGAAGAGCUUGGUCAGGUAGAUUACGUUCUGUCUGAUAAAACUGGCACAUUAACUCAGAACGUCAUGGCUUUCGUGCGGUGUUCUAUUGGUGGUGUUAUAUAUGGAGAUUCAAUUGAUGAGGACGAGCCUGUUACAGAUCCACGUCAAGCAAUACAUACUGUUGCUCGAGAUUAUAAUCUUCAAGAAGCUCUUCACCAGGAGAAUCAUCAUGGCCUGCAAUGCAGACUGUUUUUUCUACAUCUUGCUAUUUGCCAUCAAGCUGUCCCUGAAGGUGAUUCUGGCUCCGGCGGUAUCAUAUACCAGGCUGCAUCACCAGACGAAGAAGCUCUUGUGAAUGGAGCAGCUGUAUGCGGAUAUCGCCUUUUGGAUCGAACGCCAAAUGAAAUUGUUGUCAGUUGUGAGGAUACCGGUUUUGAAAAGCAAACCGUUUUGGCAGUCUUAGAGUUUACGAGUGACAGGAAACGAAUGAGCAUAAUCUGCAAAGACUCCAGUGGGAGGAUUAAACUGUUUUGCAAAGGUGCCGACACAGUCGUAAUGAAAAGACUGUCAAAGAACCAGGAUGCCUCUAUUGAAACCACGGUAGAGCAUUUGGAGAAAUUCGCGUGUUCUGGUUAUCGAACCCUUUGUAUUGCACAGCGCGAGCUGGACCAUUCAGAGUACGACCACUGGGCAGCACGUUUUCUCGCAGCCAGUGUAGCCCUGGACGAACGAGAAGAAAAACUUGCGUUACUUGCAGACUCUAUUGAGCGCGAAUUGGUCCUUUUGGGUGUUACCGCUGUGGAAGAUAAGCUUCAGGACGGAGUCUCUGAAACUGUGACACUUCUUGCUCAUUCUGGGAUUAAGAUAUGGGUGCUUACUGGCGACAAGCUCGAAACGGCAGUUUCCAUCGGUCUCACGUCCAACUUGCUGGUGGAAUCCAUACACAUGUUUCUCUUAUCUGAGAAAUGCUGCAAAUCCAUUCCGCAAAUGCUGACUAAUAUGUUGGAAGAAGCUCAAAAAAACGCGCAGGCAGUGGAUAGUACAUAUAUGGCAGUAGUGAUUGAAGGCGAUUCGUUGGCUGUAGCUCUGGAAGAAGAUAACAAGCUGGUCUUUCUGGAGUUGUGCCAAUUAUGCCGGACAGUCAUUUGCUGUCGUGUUAGCCCAAUCCAGAAAGCGAAGGUUGUAAAAAUCUUACGGGAGCACGGGGCUGUAACAUUGGCUAUUGGAGAUGGCGCGAACGACAUGGCCAUGCUUCAAGAGGCUGAUAUAGGCGUAGGCAUUUGUGGCCGGCAAGUUAUGACCGCUGUUUAUGCAAGUAACUACGCUAUUGCCCAGUUUCGCUACCUUGCAAGGCUGCUGCUCGUUCAUGGUCGCUGGUCUUACAAACGUAACCGCGACUCGAUCAUGUAUGCUUUCUACAAGAAUAUUGUAUACGUUGCUGGCAACUGCUAUAUAGCAUUCUACUCCGGCUAUUCGGGCCAGCCUCUUUACAACAUAUUCCUCAUAUCGACGUACAACUUGUUUUGGACGUCUCUACCGACAAUUGCAUACGCUAUCCUCAACAAGGAUAUUUGCGAGACAACGAUACUGAACAAUCCUCAACUUUAUCACGAAACUCAAAAGGAUCGGACGUGGAAGUUUUUCAGAAGUUUCUGCCUCUGGUUUAUUGCGGCGCUUUGGCACUCGUUGAUAGUUUUCUUCUACCCGAGCUCAGGGAUUCCUCUCGGGAAAGGCAGGCGAGGGGGGCUUGCAAACAUUGGGACAACCUCUUACUCAAUGGCGGUGUUUAUUGUCAACAUAAAGCUAGCGACGCGCAUGAACUUCUUCCCAUGGGUCUCACACGCAGUUCUCUGGGGUGUUUCAAUCGGUUUAUGGCUCCUGUUUGCGUUCGUGCUCUCCUUCUUCUGGCGGAGAUGGCAAGCCUUUGCCGAGUUGAGUGGCAUUGGUUCAGAGCUGGUUGGCAGCGUAAAGUUUUGGUUCGUUCUUCUUCUUGGCUGUGGAACAGCGCUGCUACCGGAUAUGAUCAUGUCCGUCUUUCGGAGGCAUUUCUUCCCACGGGAUCACGAGAUUAUACAAGAGAUGGAGCAUGGCUGGCGGAGCGGUGUCCUGAAGAAGGCGUCUAGGAGAGUUGUGGAGCAAGUUACACGGAGCUUGACUGUCCGAGCUGUGUCACUCCCGCAAGCAAUAAUGCAGCAAGUGGAGCAGGCAAGGCAGCUAUCUCACAACAGGACAGUCAAGUUGGAGAGCUCUAUGGAAUCCGAACCACCACCCCGAAGAAUAACGUGGAGAGAUGUUUUAUCUGAGAAAGAGAUUGAAGACAUUGAUAUUCCAGAAACACUCAACAGGUAUGGAAAGCGUAGGAGCAGCGGGUUCCAAGUUGUCCGAAAGUUCUCUGACGAUGAAGGGGAAGAUCAAGAUUAAUAGACAAAUUAUUUGCAUAUAAUAUUUUUCACGUCCUGAAAGUCAGGAUCUGAAAGAGAAACUUCAGCGAGUAAAGCGGUGACGAAUUCUUCUGUUGCA